AUGGGAAAUAUUAGCCAAUGUUGCGAAAACUCCAAGCUUCAAGCCACAAUAUUUGACCUAAACGAAGAAAAUAAAAAACUUAAAAAGCGUGAAUCAGAUGAGCAACAUUCCAAAGAGCAGCUAAAAAUUCUCUAUGACAAGCUUUUAUCCGAAAAAGAAGCCUCCAACAUUCUCAUCACAAAUCAAUUAAAUAUCCUAAAAAAUGACAACAUAAGCCUGACACAGCGAAACGAGAGACUCAAAGCAAGACUUAUUGAUGGCUGCCAAGAUAAAGCAGCCUUAGAUUUUCUAGCCCAAGAAUACGAGGAAAAACUGAAAAAAUUAGAUUCCGAAUAUUCCUCAAAAAUCCAAGAAUUAUCUGCAGAAACCCAAAAGCUUCGUGUAGAGCUGAUGCUCCUUACAGAUUCCCACAAGCGGAGAAUCCUUUGGGGUGCUUUAAAAUAUAUGAAAAAAUAUUCCCUUCAAAAUCUAUCUGCUUCUAUAGAUAGAUGAAAAGAAAUUUUAGAAGACCCUGAGCAUUUGGAAACAGAAGGAAGUGUCAUGUUUAAAACCAUCGAAUUUGAUGUAACUUCUAUAUAUGAUGACGAUGAUAAUAAAGUGAAUCAAGCUGGCGUCAAAGCUGCACUUGAUAUGCUUUCAGAAGAGCAGAAAGCGACGAUCAGUGAAAACCCUUUAAUGAUCUAUUAUGAAGCUCACAGGGGAAGAGGAGAAAAACCUAUGUCAAUCCAAAAUGUUUUCAGGUUUUUUGAAGAAAUGCUUGAUAAAAAAUAUGAAGCUGACUGUGCGGACUUGGAAGCAAAAAGGGCUCCGAGGACUAUGCCAGAUUAUAUGAUGGAUCAUUUAAUUAGGGUAUAUGGACUUAAAAAAAUAGCUCAUAAAGCAUUGUGCCAGAUAAUCCCAACGCUGGAAGAAUUGAACAAAAAAAGACACUCGUUAGGGAUUUUAUUCUCUAGGCUUAUUCAAGUUAUUCAUCAUGACCCAAUUCCUUAUCAAUUAGCUUUGUUUUUGACAAAAGCGAGGAUUGAGUUCAAUAAAUUAGUAACAAAUGCACUGAAAGACAUGAAAACCAGAAAUAUUGAAGCUAAAGCAGGGAAAAGCGACAAUGAUGGGGCAGCUUUUCUGAUUGAUGUUAUGAAUUUAAUUUACAAUCUUUUUGAUACUGAUAGAGGAAGCCGUGGGAAAGCAAUAAGUCUGCUAAAACCUGAAAGGUUUACAUCAGAGCAGUUUAUGGUGUUUAGGAUUUGCCACAAAAUCAUUAGAAUGGGGGAGACUGCCGAAAAUGUUUUUGCAGGAUUUGAUGUUGAUAGAAAAGAUAACGAAAUUUCACGAGAUCAGCUAAUAGAAGGAAUGAGGAAAGAAUUAGAGCUUGCAAUGCCAGAAGACGAAGCAACUAUUCUAUUUAACGUCUUAGAUCCUAAAAACACAGGUAAAAUCUCACGAGAUACAUUUUUACAAAAAAUUGAUAUAAAAAGUCACUAUGAAAAUUGCAAAUCAUUGAAUUUGACUAUAAAGAAAAGCAAGUUUUGGAUGGUUCUUAUUGAUGUCUAUAAGACAGUACAGAUAAAAGAUGCAGCUUUCUUGAUGUCAUGGUUUAAUUCCCAAGGGAAAACUCACUUAAACUUUGACGAGUUCAAAAAUUACGUUUUAUUAUUGGACCCUGAUCUUUUUCCAGAAGAAAUACAAAGCUAUUAUGAUGAUGGGCUUAGGUUAAAUGCAGAUGCAAGCUUGGAUGGCUUAACUUCGGAAAGCUUCUGCAAAGUGAUAAUUAGGGAGUCUAUAGGAGGGAAAGGUGUUAGAGAUUUCAGUAAGAUUUAUAUAGAGUUGAAAAGUGGAGGAGGAUUUGCGGUAAGGUCUUUGUCGAGGAAAAAUUCAGAUUUGAAUUUAAGUCAAGAUGAUAUACAGCCACCUACACCUAAAGGAAAACAUUCAAGAAGAAUGUCGGGGCUGGGGGCUCAGCCACCGACCAGAUCAAGAACACCAACUCUUGAGAUGCCGACUCCAAAGCAUAGGAAAAGAGGAAGCUUUACUGGAUUGCCGCCACCAGCAUCAAGCAAAAUACCAAUUCCAAGGUCAAGGGAACCGACAAAAUCACCAGAGCCUAGAAGCAGCCAAACUCCUGAACCUAGGUAUAGCGGCUUUAUUACUGAAAUGAGGCAAAGUGAAGGAGUUCCUAGAACCAGCGAAGAACCAAAAAGCCCUGAUGAGCCCAAGUCUCCUCGAUUUGGCUGGCAAAGGUCUAGAGAGUUCAAUAUUUCUUAA